CGUGAGCAUGCGCAGUCAGGUAAUUAGGUGCGACCUCGGCGUUCGGCUUCUGAACCAUGGCGGUGUCUCUCCUGCUGCGGGGAGGACGAAUCUGGGCGCUGAAGGCUGUGCUCCUGGAGGCCAGGGUGCCCCAAGAACUGGCUUCUGCUGUGGCCCUCUCUACAGAGUCAGGGACGAAUGAAACGGGAAUACAAUCAAAUCCCAAGAAGCGAAGUGCAGCCACAGAUGUGGUGGGAGCAGAGGAGAGAGGCAAGCCCCUAGCCACUCACACAGCAGCCGCACUGGCCAAAAGCACGUCUCCACCCAGUUCUUACCCAUCGGUGGAGAACACAGGUGGGGCCGUAGCCGGCCCACACCCCAGUGGCAGCCUGCUGCGCACAGAUGACGGGCUUCUGAAGCGUUUGUCAAGAAAGACUCUGGUAGAGUUUCCUCAGAAAGUUCUGUCUCCUCCACCCUGGGCCCAGGGUCCUGAUUCAGAGGCUCGGCGGCAUGUGCAGAAGGUGACAGAUGACUCGUCCUCAUCCAGCUCCUCAGAUUCAGACUCUGAUGAGGAACGUGACUCAGACGUUGGUCACCGAGUGGCAAGUCAAGGCAAGGCAGGGUCUUCCAAACCAAAGGCUUCCCGUCCCUUCGAAAACGGAACCCCUAAGAUCACAGUUUCUGCAAAAGAGAAAGGCAAGGUGCAAAAGCCACACACAGGUGACACCUCCCAAGAGAAGUCCCUGCAGCUGAAAAAGAAAGGGACUGUCGCCAAGCCUGCAGAAGACCUCAAAAAAGCCAGGUCCAAGCCCACGGCAUCCAGUUCACGGUCUAAUGAGAUUUUGGAGCAAAACCUGAAGGAAGAACACCAGCAGGGGAAACCGAGACCAAGGGAGACAGGGAAGGAAAGCCCAAAGCCACUCGAAGCUGAAAGAAUCUUAUCCGACCACACAAAAGCCAGGCGAUCUGCACAGCUCACUAGUGGCCCAGUGCCCACAGCGAGAACACAAGAGGCCAGUGCAGGACAGCGGCCAGCUGCCGCCCCACUGGCCAAAGCCGGACAUCCGGGACCGGAAGUGCCAGAGCCCACGGGGAAGGCUGCUCCUCUGGUCAGAAAAAGCCUGGAGAAGCAGGUACCAGAAGGAUGCUCAGAGGCCGAGGAGAGCUUGGAGGAUCAGAAACUAGUUCUGAAGAAGACAGUUCCUGUUCAGAAGAAAGAUACCUUCGAAGAGAAAGCAGGACCACAGCUGGAGGGGAGGUUCCAGGCCGAAGUUGGCGAAGCCACACCCACUGAUGCAGGCCCACCCCAGGAAGUCCCAGGCGACACUCAGGAGCCCACUCCAGCCCCUGAGCCGAUGGACAUGACCACCUACAAGAACCUGCAGCAUCAUGACUACCACAUCUACACCUUCCUCGACCUGAACCUGGACCUCUCCAAGUUCAGGAUGCCACAGCCCUCCUCAGGGCGAGAGUCGCCUCGGCACUGAGCUCAGCUCAGGGCAGCCCCAUGUCAGCCCAUGAAUUCUUGCCUGUAAGAAUAAAAGCCAGUCACAAA